UGAGAAAUUGCUUGAACUUCUCGAGUUACACACGCCAUAACGUUCUUCAGCAAAUUAGUCACUUCUUGGGCGUUGAACAGGGCACAUGAAUCUAUUGGAGGUUUUCUUUGGAUGAAAGUUUAUUAUUUUUGAGUGGGAAAAAUAAGGUGAGAGUGUCGUGUGGAAAACGUGAGGUGUGCAAGAGACUUGACAAGAAAUUAGUUUGAAUGAAGAACUUCUUCACGAUGGCAAGUGAAACUACUCCGCUCACCACGGAUAUUCCUCCAGGACCAUCUUACGUUUAUCCUCGGGGAUUUGGCACAAGAGCUCGUCAGAGACAAAUUCGGCAGUUUCAGUGUUGCAUUUGUGCUACUUUCCUGGUAAUAUUCAUUGUGGCCCUGGUAAUCACAAUAUCCUAUACCUUGAGCGCUGAAGGAGGUGAUCCUGUAGAUAAUUCAACCAAUAUUCCAUCGACAUUUGCUCUGGAAAAUAAUACAGAAAGUGUAUUGAACGUCUCGGCAGGAGCUCUGAAUGCGACAACACUGGAAGCCUUCCAAGUACUUCUGCUACUCAAUUGGCCCCUAGAAGAUGAAAGUCCGGAUAAUUGGACUCUACCUGAACCAACGCAGAAGGAAGUAAACGAUGCUGUGAGCGCAGGAAAGAAGGCUUUAGGAGACAAAGAGAUCCUAGAAGAAGGAAUUCCGAGUCCAAGUACUGGCACACCAUCAUUUCGUCAUCAGAAGGCCAUAGCGUCAACCCCUGAAGCUAGGGUCAUGACAAAGCGAGGUUUUGUAGAGAACCAGGCAACUAGGGACUUUUUGCAACGUCAUCGGAAUACCACUCGUCCAAGAAGAAACUCUGCACGAAGGCAUUCAAUUGGUCAGGGAAUUCCUAUCGACCUAGGUCAACCUUCUCUUCAUCGAAACUGUUCCCGUGUUUCAUCUAUCUACCGGACAGCCAAUGGGACAUGUAACAAUAAAGAAAACCCUCAUUUUGGAGAGUCUCUUACACCCUUCAGGCGCAUCCUCAAUCCAGACUACGGGGAUGGAGUUCAGAAACCUAGAAUAUCCAAUGAUGGGACUAAGCUUCCCUCUGCUAGAAAAGUUUCAUUGGAAAUGCAUCGUCCGGAAUUUGAAUCUGAUCCUAAAUUUACAGUGAUGAUGGCUGUAUGGGGUCAGUUCCUAGAUCAUGAUAUUACUGCUACUGCAAUCAAUCAGGGUCAGGAUGGACAACCGAUUGAUUGUUGCUCUGAGGAAGCUCAAAAUUAUCCCGAAUGCUUUCCCGUUCCAAUAGAGAAAGGUGAUCCAUAUUUUGAUGAGUACAAUGUAACUUGCAUGGGAUUUGUUCGAUCAGCACCGGCCCCUACUGGACGGUUAGGACCUAGACAGCAACUAAAUCAAGCAACAGCUUUCAUUGAUGGAUCUGCUGUCUACGGUUCUACGGAUUCUCGAACAAAGAUCCUUCGGGAAAACGUAGGAGGGCGACUCAGGAUGUUCCACACACCGGAUAAUCGUACUCUCCUACCUCUGUCUACAGAUCCAGCUGAUGGAUGCAACGACGCUGUGCAGAACGCCGCAGGGAAAUACUGUUUCGAUACCGGAGAUCCUAGAGCUAACGAGAACCUACUUUUGACAUCGAUGCAUCUGAUCUGGGCGCGGCAUCAUAAUCACUUAGCAGAAGGGCUCAGUGCUGUGAAUCCCAAUUGGACGGAUGAAAAACUAUUCCAGGAGGCUCGUAAGAUCCUAGGGGCUCAGAUUCAACAUAUAACCUACACAGAAUUCUUGCCCAUUCUUCUCGGUUGGGAGCUUUGUAUUCAUUUGAAACUUAUCCCUGGCAACGAAACAACGGACACCUAUAAUCCUGAAGUGGAUCCUAGUGUGGCUAACAGUUUUGCCGCAGCUGCUUUUAGGUUCUCUCACAACCUUCUGCCUGGGCUCAUGAAUGCUUCUCGGGACGAUAACACAACUGAAUCUAUUCAUUUGCAUGAAAUGCUCUUUAAUCCCUUCUCCCUAUGGCAUCCUAGAGGCGUUGACGAAGCCAUUGGUAGCGCUGUAGAUACGAGUUUAUCUCGACCAGAUGCUCGUUUUACCACUGAACUCACUGAGCGGCUGUUUGAGAAUCCAACUGAGAGAAAACCCCAACCACCUUGCGGACUCGACCUCGUAUCCCUAAAUAUCCAGCGUGGAAGGGAUCAUGGACUCCCUGGGUAUCCCGAAUGGCGUCGGAAAUGUGGCCUAUCGGGAGCAGAUACUUGGCAAGAAAUGCGUGAAAUCGUAGGUUCAGAUGCAACCAAACGUUUGCAAAAGCUCUACCAACGUCCUGAUGACGUAGAUGUGUACACAGGAGCCUUACUCGAAAGCCCUGUAAACGAUUCUCUUGUGGGUCCUUUACUCCUCUGCAUGUUAGGUGAUCAGUUUGUGCGACUCAAAGAAGGGGAUGUCUUUUGGUACGAAAGGACUCAUGGAUUCCAACGCUUCUCUCCUGCUCAGAGGCAAGAAAUUCGUAAGACCACACUUGCAGGAGUUAUUUGUGCAAACGCUGAUGCCGUUGAUCGAACUCAGAAAGAAGUUAUGAGAAGUUCAAGUGAUGAAAAUCCAAUAGUUCAUUGCGAAUCUCUGGACACUUUUGAUUUCACUCCUUGGAAGGAGAAGCGUUUUCAUACAGUUAAAGCGGGCUCAGUUCAAUCAAAAAUAAUGGCUCAUCCGUCAAGGACUGGAAAUGUUACCAAGCCUUUAGUUUAAUAAAAUAAAUUAAUAUUAAAAUAAGUAAUAUUGGAACUCAGUGAUUGAAAUAAAUUUAAUACGAAAUGUAAUUUUUCUAAAGGAAAAUAAAACAAAUUUAAAAUUAAAA